GUUUGACACAGUACAAGGUCCAGUAGUAUACACAGUAGCAACCCACGUUCUUUCGACAGAAGAUGGCGAGAACUGUUGAGGAGAUCCGCAGGGCUCAACGUGCGGAGGGGCCGGCCACCGUCUUGGCCAUCGGGACUGCCAAUCCUCCGAUUUGCGUCGAGCAAUCCUCUUUUCCUGAUUACUAUUUUCGAAUCACUAAUAGCGAACACAAAACUCAGCUCAAACAAAAAUUUAAGCGCAUAUGCGAGAAAUCGAAGAUCAAGAAACGUUACACACACUUAUCUGAAGAAAUGCUAAAAGAGAAUCCAAACAUAUGUGCUUUCAUGGCGCCGUCACUGGACGCCAGGCAAGACAUCAUUGUGACUGAGGUGCCCAAACUCGGCAAAGAAGCUGCGAAGAAGGCGAUUGCUGAAUGGGGGCAACCAAAAUCAAAGAUCACCCACCUAAUAUUCUGCACUACUAGCGGUAUUGACAUGCCCGGCGCUGACUACCAACUCACAAAGCUCCUCGGCCUCCGCCCCUCCGUCAAGCGUUUCAUGAUUUACAUGCAGGGUUGCUUUGCAGGUGGCGCCGUCCUCCGCAUGGCCAAAGAUUUGGCGGAGAACAAUGCGGGUGCUAGGGUUCUAGUUAUUUGCUCUGAAACUACAACCAUGGGUUUUCGUGGCCCAAGUGAAGGUCACUUGGAUAAUCUUGUGGGGAAUGUGUUGUUUAGUGAUGGCGCGGCCGCAGUUAUCGUGGGUUCUGACCCGAUUGUGGGGGUAGAGCGGCCGCUUUUCCAACUUGUCUCCGCAGCUCAAACUAUUGUGCCCGACAGUGGUGGUGAUCUUUCUGGAGUUGUACGUGAAGCCGGGCUGAUUGUCAACCUUUCACCAGAUGUUCCCUGCAAGAUAUCUGAAAAUGCUGAGAAGAGUCUGGAGGAAGCGUUUGAACCUUUGGGUAUUUCUGAUUGGAACUCAAUAUUCUGGAUUGCACACCCCGGUGGACCAGCAAUUCUGGAUCAAAUUGAGGCCAAGUUAGGCUUAAAGCCCGAAAAACUCUGGUCAAGUAGGCACGUGUUAAGUGAGUAUGGGAACAUGGCGAGCGCGUCCGUGUUCUUUGCACUUGAUGAAAUGCGGAAGAUCUCGGCCAAGCAAGGGUUGAAGUCCACCGGGGAAGGGUUGGAUUGGGGAGUGUUGCUUGCGUUUGGGGCGGGCAUCACCAUUGAGACCCUAGUGCUGCACAGUGUACCAAUCAAUUGAGGGUUCCUCAUGUUAAUGUGGGAUGAGAGAGAAUUUUUUAUCCAAUCAAAUUUGGUCGAAUCAAAUCUUUUCUGAAUUGUACACCAAUCACACAACAAGUAUAUUACACUUGCUAUAUAAUUGAUUCAGGUCUUGCUGGGUUCGGGCUAGAGUUUCUCAUGGGAUGAGUUACUACUGAUGUUAAGUUGUGUUGUAUUUGGAGCUUACUUUGUUCUCGGUUGUUGUCAGUUUUA